AUGUAUAGUAAUGCGGCGAAGGUGAUGCAAGAAGCUCUGGAGGAGAUGAAGGGAUGUGUGCAAACAUCGACAUGCGAAAUCGAGAAUUUCAAAGCGAUACUCGCAAGUUUCGUGGAAGUCAAAACGGUGUACGGCGUGACGAUGACUUCAGCAGAUCCAGUCAAAAGACACUUAAAAAUGAAAGUCACCGAGCUCGAGAUAGAGAAGACGACGAUGGCCCGACAGCUCGAUGAAUGCCGUGCCGAGCUCUCAAAAUAUCGCGAACUGCGAUGUGAAUUAGAAAAGUUCCUCGCCACAGCCUGCACCCGGAAGCCGCAUAUGCCGAGUGAAGAAGUCAAGAGAGAAAAUAAGACCACAUCUCCGAGCAGUCCGACCAAAGCGCUAAGCACAAUCGUAGAAGCAGCCGGGUCCAAUGAUUCUCCCAAGGAAGCGGAUCCGGUAAAAACGUGUGUUAAGACGGGCAUAGGAUGGUCAGAGGCCGGCAACAGCAAUCCCGUCAAACAAUCUGUCAGUGUCAAGACGAACGAGCCUGCAAGCGACCACUGUACAUCACAUGCCGUCCGACGCAAAUCGACACUUUGCAGUAGGCUCAAAAGCGCCUUACCAUUUUCCGGUCGCAAAGCAGCUAUUGAGCGUGGCAACUUGGUCGAUCAAGGCACAAAGGAUAAAGCACCUGAAGCCAUGAUCAGGAAAGAAGGAGUCCCAAGCUCUACCAGUUCAAAAGGAGGAGUCAUCGGCUCAACGGAUACGAUGAAUGGAGCGGGCACCAAGGGAGGAACGACCAGUUUCAGGCCUACAAAGGCUGCUUGA